CACCCCAUUUCUGCUCCUUGUCUCCGAGCAGCCCAACAGUGGCAGCAGCAUGAGUGCCCCCCAGCCCACCGUGCCAGAGCUGAACCCAGCUGAGGAGGCUGGAGGCCUGGGAGGAAAGGCCAUGGUGGGUGCCCGGGAGAAGGGCCCUCGGGUGGGCCAGCGGCUGCCCUCAAUCAUGGUGGAGCCCGGCGAGGGGGGUGCCGUGGCGAGCGGGGAGCUGCGUUGGCCUCCGGAGGGCGCCCAGAGGGGGUCCGCCCAGAGCCAGGCUGCUGCUGCUGAGUGAGGGGCUGCCUGUAGGGGUCCCGAGAGGAG